UCCUUUUUCAUACACAAAUAUACCUUUUUAUCCACUCAUGGGCUAUCCUAGGCUCCUGGGCCUUUCUGGGAAGAUUUACUCAUGGUUUACACUCAUAGGAUCUGUUUGGGGUUCAUUCUUUCUCCACUGCAGGAAAUAUCUGAGGUUGUUAAGGGCUGUGUGGGGAGAAAAGCCACGUUCAGCUUGACUGCACUUCUCUGCCUAGGUGUGUCAAAGAUGUUUGAUGUCAGGACGAAGAUUAUGAUCGGCAUUGGAAGCAGCUUACUGAUUGCCACGAUUGUGCUGACAAGCAUUGUUCUCUGUCUUUACAUCAAAGUAUCCAAAGCACUAAGAGCUGCAAAGGAACCUGAUAUUAUAGCCAUAAAAGGUAAUAGUCUAGCCAAGUUGUGCUGGGUCAAGAACGCCCACGUCAGACCCACCGCCACUGAGUCUUAUCCUGUGCUCCAGUGCUGUGACGGAUGCCAAAUGUAUGCAGAUUUUGACUCCCUGCCACCUUGCUGCUGUGACAUAAAUGAGGGACUCUGA